CCCGCCACGGUUUCGAGGUCGUCCCCGGUUUCGAGGUCGUCUCCAGCCAACCGCGCGAACGAAUCCUCCGCAGCGUCUCUCUGCAGCCAGAUAAUCACCAUGGAACACUACCAGAAACUCGAAAAGAUCGGCGAAGGCACCUAUGGAGUUGUCUACAAGGCCCGAGAUCUCAACCACGGUGGCCGUAUUGUGGCCCUGAAGAAGAUCCGUCUCGAGGCUGAGGACGAGGGCGUUCCCUCGACGGCCAUCCGUGAGAUUUCGCUGCUCAAGGAGAUGCGUGACCCGAACAUCGUGCGUCUGUACAACAUUGUCCACGCCGACGGACACAAACUGUACCUUGUCUUCGAGUUUCUCGACCUCGAUCUGAAGAAAUACAUGGAGGCGCUCCCCGUCAGCGAAGGCGGCCGGGGCAAGCCGCUCCCCGAGGGCACCGGCGCCCACCUGCACAACUUAGGUCUCGGCGAUGCUAUUAUCAGGAAGUUCAUGAGCCAGCUGUGCGAGGGUGUGCGCUACUGCCACAGCCACCGGGUCCUGCACCGCGACCUCAAGCCGCAGAACCUGCUCAUCGACCGCGAAGGCAACCUGAAGCUGGCCGAUUUCGGUCUGGCCCGCGCUUUCGGCGUCCCUCUCCGCACCUACACCCACGAGGUCGUCACCCUUUGGUACCGCGCCCCCGAGAUCCUGCUCGGCGGGCGCCAGUACUCGACCGGAGUCGAUAUGUGGUCGGUUGGGUGCAUUUUCGCCGAGAUGUGCACGCGCAAACCGCUGUUCCCGGGCGACUCGGAGAUUGACGAGAUCUUCAAGAUCUUCCGUCUGCUCGGCACCCCGACGGAGGACAUCUGGCCAGGCGUGACCAGCUACCCCGACUUCAAGGCAAGUUUCCCCAAGUGGGUGCGCGACCCCUCGGUGCCCCUCAUCAGCAACCUCGACGAGGCCGGCCUGGACCUCCUCGAGAUGAUGCUCGUCUACGACCCCGCCGGCCGCAUCUCGGCCAAGCAGGCCUGCAACCACCCCUAUUUCGAGAACCUCGACCCUUCCGUGCGGCCGCCGCAGUACCAUGGCAGUGGCUACCACUAGGGGGAGGAGCUACCGAUGGCGCUUGCUAAGACGGUCCACCCGGCUGCCCGGUACCGUACGGUGCCGCACCAGCAGGGCGAGUCAUAAAUUUACAGGAGUGCAGUUCGGCCAGCGAGCACACGCCCCGCUGGCCUC